AUGCCACAGAAAACAGUCAGCUCCGUUGAAGGGGCCGCCAAGGAAGAGCCCGAGAGGAGAUUGGCGCAGUUGUCAGCUAAAUCUGCAAAAGUGGAAGUGAAGCUGAAAAAGGCAGCAGUGAAGGAUAAAUCUUCAGACAAAAAAGUGCAAACAAAAGGGAAAAGGGGCGCAAAGGGAAAACAGGCCGAAGUGGCUGACCAAGAAACUAAAGAAGAUUUACCUGCAGAAAACGGGGAAACGAAAACUGAGGAGAGUCCAGCCUCUGAUGAAGCAGGAGAGAAAGAAGCCAAGUCUGAUUAAUACCAUGUACCAUGUCUUACUAGUGGUCCCUGUGUCCCUUCUUGUACAAUCCAGAGGAAUAUUUUUAUCAACUAUUUUGUAAAUGCAAGUUUUUUAGUAGCUCUAGAAACAUUUUA